GCUGUGUGAUCGCUGAGCUCUUCACUGAAGGCGUCCCCCUCUUCGAUCUGUCCCAGCUGCUGGCGUAUCGUAAAGGACACUUCCAGACGGAGCACGUCCUCAUGAAGAUCGAGGACCGCAACAUCCGAGAGCUGGUGGCUCAGAUGGUUCAGCGGGAGCCGGAGAAGCGUCUGACAGCGGAGGAAUACCUGAAGCAGCAGAGAGGAAAAGCUUUUCCAGACAUCUUCUACACCUUCCUGCAGCCGUACAUGGCUCAGUUCGCCAAAGAGACGUUUCAGUCGGCCGACGAACGCGUGCUCGUCAUCCGCAAAGACAUCGACAACAUCCUGCACAACCUGAGAGGAGGCUCCUCCUCCUCUUCCUCCUCCUCCUCUUCGUCUCAGGACGGCGGUGACUGCGUGCCGAGCUCUCGUGAGGAGCAAGGCCUCAUCGUGCUGGUGUCCGUCAUCACUUCCUGCCUGCAGACGCUCCACUCCUGCGACUCUAAGCUGGCGGCUCUGGAGCUCACCUUGCACCUGGCGCCGCGGCUGGGCGUGGACAUCCUGCUGGACCGCAUCACGCCGUACCUGCUGCACUUCUGCAACGACCCCGUGCCCCGCGUGCGCGCCCAGGCCGUGCGCACGCUGGCCAAGGUGCUGGCGCUGGUGAAGGAAGUGCCGCGCAACGACGUCAACAUCUACCCGGAGUACAUCCUGCCGGGGAUCGCUCACCUCGCACAGGACGACGCCACCAUCGUCAGGCUGGCGUACGCAG